AUGGAGCCGCCGAACGGCGACCCGGCCCCCGGGCUUAUGAACCGUUACGUGUCCGCGGAGCGCGGCUACGGGGUCCCGGAAGAAGGCUGGCGGAUCUGCCUGGCUCACGAGUUCCAGGAGAAGCGAAAGCCCUUCCAGGCUAAGGAUGUAUCGCUGUCCAACGUCAUGGAGCACAUCGGACUGGGUAUCAGGUACCUAAAGUGGUGGUACCGGAAGACCCAGGUGGAGAAGAAAGCCCCCUUCAUUGACAUGUUCCGCGCCCAGCCCUUGCGGCAGAUCUAUGGUGCUCCAUUGGGUGGUAUUGGGGGAGGUACCAUCACACGUGGCUGGAGGGGGGAGUUCUGCAGGUGGCAACUCAACCCUGGGAUGUACCAUUACAAGACGGUCAUUGCCAAUCAGUUCACCGUGUGUCUGCGCCGGGGGGGGCGGACCGUGUACCAGCAAGUACUGUCAGUGGAGAGGCCCCCCACCCUCCAGGGCUGGAACUGGGGCUUCUGCGGCCAGUAUGCCUUCUACCACGCGCUGUACCCGCGUGCCUGGAACGUCUACCACCUGCCGGGCCAGAACGUCACGCUCACCUGCAGGCAGGUGUCGCCCAUCAUCCCGCACGACUACCAGGACUCUAGCCUCCCUGUGGCUGUGCUGGUAUGGGACAUAGAGAACAGGAACGACUAUGCCCUGGACGUCUCCAUCAUGUUCACCAUGACUAACGGCUCUGGAUGUAAAGAUGACAAGAGUGGUGGGCACUGGAAUGAACCAUUCUGCCUGAAGAAGGAGGGGGAGUCUGUAUCCGGAGUCCUGCUGCAUCAUCACACCCCUGUCAACCCUUACACCCUGUGCAUCGCAGCCCGAGAGCAGGCUGACAGAACCAUAAGCCACCAGACUGCAUUCAGCCCCCGGGGCACCUGCGAAGAGCUCUGGAAUGACCUCAUCACCGAUGGACGGCUUGAUUCACCAGCAGGUCCUAGCCCCCCCACCCAGAAGGGGGAGAAGGUGGCGGCGGCUCUGGUGGCCGGCUGCAGCGUCUCGGCGCUGGGCCAUGGCUCCCUGGAGUUCUGCCUGGCCUGGGACAUGCCCAAGAUCACCUUCGGCUCCCGCGAGAGGCAGCACAUCAGGAGGUACACACGGUUCUUCAGCGCAGAAGGCGAUUCGGGGCCCACCCUGUGUCACUAUGCGCUCACACACUACAGGGACUGGGAGAGAAGCAUUGAGGCAUGGCAGAAGCCUAUCCUGCAGGACAGCUCCCUGCCCGCUUGGUACAAGUCUGCUCUUUUCAACGAGCUCUACUUCGUGGCGGAUGGUGGCACGGUGUGGGUGGAGCUUCCUGAAGAUGGUGACAUCAGUGGGGGCGUGCGCACCGAGGAUGGGGGACUCCCCGCUCAGCCGCAUGUCGUCAAGGAAUACGGGCGCUUUGCCUACCUGGAGGGUCAGGAGUACAGGAUGUACAACACCUACGACGUCCACUUCUAUGCUUCCUUUGCCCUCAUUAUGCUGUGGCCCAAACUGGCUCUCAGUCUGCAGUAUGAUAUCGCGGGCUGUGUGGUUCAGGAGGACCUCACAGCGAGGCUCAACCUGAUGAACGGCCGAUACUCCCCAGUCAAGACCCGCAACAUGGUCCCCCAUGACAUCGGAGACCCAGAUGACGAGCCCUGGCAGCGCGUCAACGCCUAUCUGAUCCACGACACGGCCGACUGGAAGGACCUGAACCUAAAGUUCGUGCUGCAUGUGUACCGGGACUUUCACCUGACUCAGGACAGGGGCUACCUGGAGGACAUGUGGCCCAUCUGUCAGGCCGUGAUGGAAUCGGCAAUGAAGUUUGACCUCGACGGUGAUGGGCUGAUCGAAAACUCCGGCUUUGCCGACCAGACUUAUGAUGGCUGGACGGUUACCGGGCCCAGUGCGUACUGUGGAGGCCUGUGGCUGGCCUCAGUCUGCGUGAUGUGCAAGAUGGCCCGGCUGCUGGACAGAGAAUCCGUGUACGACCGCUACAGGGACGUGCUGGAUAGGGGGAGUGCUGCCUUUGACGAGCUGUUAUGGAACGGCCAGUACUAUAACUAUGACAGCAGUGGGCGGGACCUCUCCAACAGUGUGAUGUCAGACCAGUGUGCCGGCCAGUGGUUCCUACGGGCGUCUGGCCUAGGUGAAGGGGAGUUCCAGGCCUUCCCGGUAGAGAAGGUGCAUCGCGCCCUGAAGUCCGUCUUUGACCUGAACGUGUUGCGCUUUGCCGGGGGCCGGAUGGGCGCUGUUAAUGGCAUGCGUCCGGAAGGCGUUCCCGACCGCUCCAGUGUCCAGUCAGAUGAGGUGUGGGUGGGUGUGGUCUAUGGACUUGCUGCUACUAUGAUUCAUGAGGGAAUGGUGCAGGAGGGACUCUGCACAGCGGAAGGCUGCUACCGCACAGUGUGGGAGCAGCUGGGCAUGGCUUUCCAGACCCCCGAGGCGUACUGCGAGAAGGCCAUCUUCCGCUCGCUGGCCUACAUGCGCCCCCUCAGCAUCUGGGCCAUGCAGCUGGCCCUGGAGCAGCGGCAGCAGGAGGGGGCCGGAGGGGCUGGUCGGCUCGCUGCGGGCGGCGGAAGCAGCUGAGAUGGUGUGGGGUGGGGGCCACACGG